AUGAGCCGGGGUGCGGGCGCGCUUCAGCGCCGGACAACGACCUACCUCAUCUCGCUGACCCUGGUCAAGCUUGAGUCUGUGCCUCCACCGCCUCCCUCACCAUCAGGGGCUGGAGCCCCGAUAGUCAGGGUACCAGAGGGAGGAGAACCUGGAAGCCCUCGGGGCGCAGAUGAGGUCGGCAAGAAGCGGCAGGAACGUCUCUUCCACCGGCAAGAUGCACUGUGGAUCAGCACCAGUAGCGCGGGGGCAGGGACAGAGACCCUUUCCCUGUCCCCUGCUCCAGCUAGCCCGGCCUGUCCGGUCUCUCCUGCUCCGGGUCGCCGCCUCUCCCUUUGGGCCGCCCCCCCUGUACCCCCGCUCUCCGGGGGACUGAGCCCGGACCCCAAACCUGGAGGGGGCUCCACUUCUUCCCGACGCCCACUACUCAGCAGCCCAAGCUGGGGGGGACCGGAGCCAGAGAGCCGGGGUGGGGGGUGCGUCCCAGGCUCCUCUUCCCCCCACCCCGGCACCGGCAACCGUCGACUCAAGGUGGCGCCCCCCCCACCUGCCCCCAAGCCUUGCAAGACGGUAACCACGAGUGGGGGCAAAGCCGGAGGGGGAAAGACCGCAGGGAGUCGCCUGUCAUGGCCAGAGAGCGAGGGCAAGCCGCGGGUCAAGGGGUCAAAGAGCACUGCUGGGGCUGGAGCCCCAGCCGGAGUUGGGUCUGGUGUCGGAGCAGGUGCUGCAGCCGGACAGGGUGCUGGAGCCCGAGGAAAGUUGUCCCCACGAAAAGGCAAGAGUAAGACGCUGGACAACAGUGACUUGCACCCUGGGCAACCCGCUGGCUCUCCUCCUCCUCAAGCGGCCCCGGCAACUCCAGCCGCCUCUCCAGCAGCCUCCUCCACCUCCCCUGGGUUUCCCCCAGGGCCUGCACCUCCUAUCACUCUGGAGCCGCCUGCUCCUGGGCUUAAACGGGGCCGGGAGGGGGGUCGUGCCUCCACCCGCGACCGUAAGAUGCUCAAAUUCAUCAGUGGCAUCUUCACCAAGAGUACCGGGGGACCCCCAGGUCCAGGGCCAUCUCCUGGACCCCCAGGCCUCACCUCCAGCAGUGGGUCCCGUGAGCUGCUGGCUGUAGAGCUUCGUGCCUCCCCGAAAGCUGUGGUCAAUAGCCAAGAAUGGACUUUGAGCCGAUCCAUCCCUGAACUGCGUUUGGGUGUACUGGGUGAUGCCCGGAGUGGGAAGUCAUCUCUCAUUCACAGAUUCCUGACUGGUUCUUACCAGGUGCUAGAGAAGACAGAGAGUGAGCAGCAUAAGAAGGAGAUGUUGGUAGAUGGACAAAGUCACCUACUGCUGAUCCGAGAGGAAGCAGAGACACCAGAUGCCAAGUUCUCAGGCUGGGCAGAUGCUGUCAUUUUUGUCUUCAGCCUGGAGGAUGAGAACAGUUUCCAGGCUGUGAGUCGUCUCCAUGUGCAGCUAAACUCCCUUCGUGGGGAGAGCAGGGGGGGCCUUGCCCUAGCACUGGUGGGGACACAAGACAGGAUUAGUGCUUCCUCCCCCCGGGUUGUGGGGGAUGCUCGUGCCAGAGCUCUAUGUGGGGAAAUGAAGCGAUGCAGCUACUAUGAGACCUGUGCCACCUAUGGGCUCAAUGUGGACAGGGUCUUCCAGGAGGUGGCCCAGAAGGUUGUGACCUUGCGAAAACAACAGCAGCUCCUGGCUGCCUGUAAGUCCCUGCCCAGCUCCCCCAGCCACUCAGCUGCCUCCACCCCUGUGGCAGGGCAGGCCAGUAAUGGGGGGCAUACCAGUGACUACUCAUCAUCCCUUCCUUCCUCACCCAAUGUUGGUCAUCGGGAGCUACGGGCUGAGGCAGCUUCUGUGGCUGGCCUGAGCACGCCAGGUUCUUUGCACCGAGCAGCCAAACGUCGAACAAGUCUUUUUGCGAAUCGCAGGGGCAGUGACUCUGAAAAGCGGAGCCUGGACAGCCGAGGGGAGACAGCAGGAAGUGGCAGGGCAAUCCCGAUCAAGCAGAGUUUCCUGCUGAAACGAAGUGGAAAUUCCCUGAACAAGGAAUGGAAGAAGAAAUAUGUGACACUAUCAAGCAAUGGAUUCCUACUAUACCACCCCAGCAUUAAUGAUUACAUCCACAGCACUCAUGGAAAGGAGAUGGAUUUGCUUCGGACAACAGUAAAGGUACCAGGCAAGCGACCUCCUCGGGCCAUCUCAGCCUUUGGCCCCUCUGCCAGCAUCAACGGGCUUGUCAAGGAUAUGAGCACUGUCCAGAUGACUGAAGGCACUGCAGACAUUCCCACUCCCACCCCUACUCCCAGCCCCAGUUCCCUGCAGCCACCCCAGGACCAAACAUCAAAGCAUCUACUGAAGCCAGACCGAAACCUGGCUCGAGCCCUCAGUACUGACUGUACACCAUCUGGAGACUUAAGCCCCCUGAGCAGGGAACCUCCUCCUUCUCCCAUGGUGAAGAAACAGAGGAGGAAAAAAUUGACCACACCAUCAAAGACAGAAGGCUCUGCUGGGCAGGCUGAAGCCAAGCGCAAAAUGUGGAAACUAAAAUCCUUUGGUAGUUUAAGAAAUAUUUAUAAAGCAGAGGAGAACUUCGAGUUCCUGAUUGUAUCAAGCACUGGACAGACCUGGCACUUUGAAGCUGGGAGCUUCGAAGAGAGAGACUCCUGGGUUCAGGCCAUUGAAAGCCAAAUAUUAGCCAGUCUGCAAUGCUGUGAAAGCAGCAAGGUCAAGCUACGCACUGACAGUCAGAGCGAGGCUGUGGCCAUCCAGGCGAUUAGGAACGCAAAGGGAAACUCGUUGUGUGUGGACUGCGGAGCUCCCAACCCCACUUGGGCAAGUCUGAACCUGGGCGCGCUAAUCUGCAUUGAGUGCUCAGGAAUCCAUCGAAAUUUGGGCACUCACCUGUCGCGUGUUCGAUCCCUGGACUUGGAUGACUGGCCCCGGGAGCUGACCCUGGUGCUGACGGCUAUUGGCAACGACAUGGCCAAUCUCAUAUGGGAGAGCGACACUCGAGGCCGAGCCAAGCCCACUCGGGAAUCCUCCAGGGAGGAGCGAGAGUCGUGGAUCCGGGCCAAGUAUGAGCAACUGCUGUUCCUGGCACCACUGGGAGGUCCGGAAGAGUCCCUGGGCCGCCGCCUCUGGGCCGCAGUGCAGGCUCAGGAUGUUGCCGGGGUGCUGUUGCUCCUGGCCCACGCGCGGCACGGGCCGCUGGACAGCGACGUGGGAGACCCGCAGCUCCGUUCCCCGCUACACCUAGCGGCAGAGCUCGCCCAUGUGGUCAUCACACAGCUGCUAGUCUGGUACGGCGCCGACGUAUCUGCUCGGGAUGCUCAGGGCCGCACCGCAUUGUUCUACGCUCGGCGAGCUGGGAGCCAGCUCUGUGCGGACAUCCUGCUGCAGCACGGCUGCCCGGGGGAAGGAGGCAGCGAGGCCACUACUCCCAGUCCCCACCGAAGGAGCAGCGCCGCGAGCGUGGGCCGCGCCGAUGCUCCGGUCGCGCUGGUAUAGCGGCACCACGCGGACAGACACACUCACACUCCCCUACAACCUGCCCCAACAUCUGUGCUCCGGGAAGGGACCUUACCAGCCCCCACCCACGCCCCACGCCACCACCACAACCGACCAGGCACGGACACCCUCCUUGUGGACUGUUGGACACAGAUUCACUCCUCCCUUCUCCACGGGCACGUUCCCCAUCACGCACACACAGCGGACACUGAACCCUAACUCCCUACAGCACCGUCUCUUUCCCUUACCUGUUCCCUCCCAACCUUCCCCUCUCCAAGGAACACAGACUCCCGCACUCUCCCUAGCCGAGGCAUGGAGACCCUUUUGUGCGCAUUAACCGCCCCGGUUCCCCAGCCGAACACACCCGAUUUUUCUCUCUCCACCUCGGGAACUCAUCGCGUUCCUGCAAGCGUUUGGAAAGGGAGAUUGACCCUUGCUACUUUAACACGGGGCUCUUGGACCUAUCCUCUGCUGGCUCCUGGGAAAGCGGGAAAAAAGAAGUUUGCCCUUCAGAUCCAGGAUGACUCACGCUUCCUUCCCGCCCCCAUUCGUUGGACAGUUCGGCCCCCAGAGCCCAAUGCCCAGGCUGGCUCCUGGGGAGAGGGGAAGGUAUCAAGGUGUUGGGGGGGGGGGGCGCUGGUCAUGGGAGCUGAGGGCAGUUCCGGGGGAUAGAAGGCUUGUUCAUGGGCCCCUCCCACUCCCUCCACACCUGAUUUCACUGCCCAAAAACAGGGGAAGUGGGCAGCGAGGGGCAGGACCCCGGCUACCCAUGGGGGUGGGGACCCCAACCCUUUCCGUGAAAGGGACCAAUGGGGGGAGGCUAAAAUAAAGACCCCUCCCUACACACCCACAGCCACACUCACAUACACCCACGGAUGGACUGGGGCUGGGGAGCCAGAAGCCUGGCUUCCUCUCUCCACAACAGCUAGAGAGGGGUGAUGAAUGAGAUGGGGGCUCUUGGAACUGGGGAGGAAAUUGUAAUUUAUUGCUUUGUGCCCCCUUGGGAGA